AGGUGUUCUAGAAUAUUCUGGAAGGCAAAGAAUCUGCACCAAAGUUCCGAGCAGGUACUGCGCAUGCGCUGGAUAUUUCACGUGGAGAGAGCAGAGAUUCCCCCCUCCAGUCUGUCAGAUCCAGAAGAAACCGGGGUGCAGCAGCUUCACGUCGACUACCAGACCUCUCACACAUCCAGAAAUGGCCUUCAGAAAAUUCCUUCCCUUGUUCGACCGGGUGCUGGUGGAGCGCUUAGUCGCAGAGACGGUAACAAAGGGCGGCAUCAUGCUGCCAGAGAAGGCUCAAGGCAAAGUGCUGCAGGCCACAGUGGUGGCAGUAGGUCCUGGCUCUGUCACUCAGGAUUUCUACAACUGGCCGGAUGAAUCAUUUGAGGAGAUGGACAGCACCCUGGCUGUCCAACAGUAUAUUCAGCAGAACAUUAGAUCAGAUUGUUCCAAUAUCGACAAAAUCCUGGAGCCUCCGGAGGGUCAGGAUGAGGGGGUGUGGAAGUAUGAACACCUGAGGCAGUUCUGCCUGGAGCUCAAUGGACUAGCUGUAAAACUGCAGAGUGAGUGCCACCCAGACACCUGCACCCAGAUGACUGCUACAGAGCAGUGGAUCUUUUUAUGUGCUGCCCACAAGACACCCAAAGAGUGCCCUGCCAUUGAUUACACCAGGCACACGCUGGACGGAGCUGCCUGUCUUCUCAAUAGCAACAAAUACUUUCCCAGCAGGGUGAGCAUCAAGGAGUCAUCAGUGGCCAAACUAGGCUCCGUCUGUCGUCGCAUCUAUAGGAUAUUCUCUCAUGCCUACUUCCAUCACCGCCAGAUAUUUGACAAGUAUGAGAACGAAACGUUCCUUUGUCACCGGUUCACACGCUUCGUAAUGAAGUACAACCUGAUGUCCAAGGACAACCUGAUCGUGCCCAUUCUGGAGGAGGAAGUGCAGAACACCUCGUCAGCUGGGGAGAGCGAGGCCUAAAGACACAAGCUGCUGCCAUAAAGGGAGACGCAUACGUAAAACACACACAUUUAUACACUCGACAGAGGAGACACAUACACACACACACACACACACACACACACACACACACACACACACACACACACACACACACACACAACAACACCACACACACACACACACACACACACACACACACACACACACACACACUACAGUGUAUUAAGGCUCCUGUCUAGUAACACUGUCAAUGUCCCCUCCACCUUUUGUCACCUGUGUCUAUCUCAAAGGAAGUAAGGGUUAAAGAAUAGCGGGAGCAGAGUUCAGCCAUGCCUGCAGGACAAGAUGAGGUGUUUUCUAUCCUAUUUACACUCUGUGUUUAUUCAGAUUCACACCGUUUGUCUCUGGAUACAGCCCCCCCGCCCCCGCUCUCACACUACUCCUUUUAGGCGAGACCCCUUUUUUCCUUUUUAGUCUUCUUUAAGCAGCUGGAUUUGCAAAAAAAAUGUAAUCAUGGUGACUGGUAUUGUUGACAAAGGCACACACUGACAGCCUCCCCCCCCCUCCCUCUGUAUAUAACCCCCACUCCCCCCACAUUCCCCCAAUCUCUCUUAAUUCACUAUCAUGUUUUCUGAUGGUGCUUCACUUUUUUUGUGUCUGCUUCUGUUCUCUCUAUUCGCUUUGUGUUGCCUGUUUUUCGGGGGGUUGUCCCAUGAAAUGGAUCACUAAAUUAGCCUGCUGACGUAGUAAUGCUAUUUAAACACAAAUGUAGGUGUGUGGCUCGCGUGGUAGUGAACAAAGACAAACUUAAUCUCUAGCUUUGUAAGUGUACUAGCAGUCAGAUAUUCUUUCUCUUUGGCCUCUGGGAUUGUCUCAGAGUAUUUAGAAAAGGCUUGUUGGCUAACUGAUCCUGCUUUGUGACAUGCCCCUAUUUUAAUGCUGUGUAAAAUGUGCCUGAUGUUCCCUUUUUCCUUGACAUGAUAGAAACCAUGACUUUCUGUGACUGUGCUGCUUUAAGCCAGUUUUUACUUUAAAUAUUUGAUGAGUAAAUACAAGGAAAGGAUGAAGUAUCGGCUACAUUUACGUAUCGGAGCACAACCUCCCUUCUUUUACCCUCCCCCUCAUUAAGUUAUUUUGUGGGAGGGGUCUUGUCAAUCCAAACCCACUUUUUUUUUUUUUUUAAAUGGACUAAAAAAUUUUGUUACUGUCGACAUUUUCAUGAUGUCUGUUAAUAAAAAAAGACCUAUUAUUCA